AGCUAAUCGUAGCCGUGAGACAGCAGUUUAGCAUUGCAAUAAUUGUUGUCGAUAUUGUCACGAUGCAUGUCAUUCCUUGAAACACUAUUCCAGUAGCGAGACUAAUCGCAUCUUCUCUUCUCUUCUUAUAACUUGAGCACUUUUUAUUUGUUUUCCUCGUCCGCGGCAGCGGCAGAGAAGGCGACAUGUUAACUCGGCAGACAGCUCUGCGACAAGCAGUUCUCCCCACGACGAGGUUCCAAACCCAACGAAUAGUCGCCAGCCAGAGUCGGCCUCUCAACAGGCGAAUAUCGUUCUUGCCUUGGCGCCAAAGGCAAUCGAAUCCUAUACCGGUCUACUUCUCUAAGCCCAAUCCUUUAACAAUCGCCAACGGGGUGAACUCAGUCUACCACGGAAGCGCAAACCAGGCGGGGUCCGAGGAAGCUAAGAGAAGACUGAGAAAGGCGAAAUGGAUUCUCUUCCGAUAUCGACUCCGCCGAGCGAUCUUCACAACUAUUGUGCUCUAUGCUUGUUGGCAAAUCUUCAUCGCCGUUGUAUUCGAUCCCAUAUUCGACUGGGCUGACGCAGAAUGGGAGGCGCUGUCCGAAAAAGAGAAGGAGGAAGCCGAGGCCCUCCACGACCCUGACGAGCCGUUGGUGUUUCUCCCAUUUCCAUUCACAACCGAAGAAGUCAAGCAACCACCAUAUCGAGGUUCUGACCCAGAGUGGCAAACAUUCGUCAAAAUCAGCCAGGAUAAGAAGCUCCUUCAGGAGAUCAAGAGUGGUCUAGCAAACGAGAUCAAGCGUGGUGUUGAGCGGAAUCCUGCCUUCAAUAAGCUUCUUGGUGGAGAAAUAACCGUGAGGAAGUACUGGCUUGACAUAAUCUUCCCGCCUGCUCCUCCGCCGAUACACUAUGUCUCUGGGAUUAUGAUUGACGAAGAGGGCAUCUUCUGGGGUGAUCGACCCAUCGACUCGAUUGCUGCUAGCUUUCUUGCUAAAGCACUUUACCCCAAAGCUCUCGCUAUGGGUUGCUGGACCUUUGUCAGUUUCUUAACGAAACAAGUAGCGCUGGAUAUCUCAAAAGCAAUCGGCUUAAGUGAACCUGAUCCCCCGGCAUCUGGGUGGCACCAAGUGCCUGUGGGAAACCUACCUGGCAUAAUCCCACCUCCGGCUGCCACCAGAACAGCAGUCCAGCACGAUUCUAAGGCACAUACUGCACAUCUUCCACCAGUCUUCAACGAGAUCAUCAGCGCUGCAUUUGGUCCAGACGCAAAACUAGAUCCUCGUCUUCAAGCUGCAACCAUGGCUGGUGCUCUCGCCUUUCUGCGCCAUUGGAAGCCUACCAAGAGCCUGCCCGGUAGGGGAUGCAUCAGAGUUGAUGGUAUUGUUGAACUCAAGGGAAAGACAGCGGUCAUGGCAGUUCUCGUUGCGGGUUAUUACGAUCCCAAGACUCGUCAGUACGUGGCUGUCCAGACCAUGCUCAAGCACUUGAUGCAGCUGAAGCAACGGCCCGCGCCUGGCUAGACUUGUAUCAUAGAACAAAAUAAAUUUCGGAAAUUAUGCAGGGCUUGGCAUGGCGUGGCGCAUGGAACAGGUUUGGCUUGAGAUACCAUAGGAGAUUUAGAAUAUCACCGUUUGAUAUUGCCUCGUACUACCCUACCCACUUAACCUGUGCUGUGAAAAGAUGCAGCAUGAACAUUUAUAUGCUCCCUAUAAGCCUAUUCCUUAGGCCAAUCCACAAAGAAAAGAAGAAACGCAUCCGUAUACCCGCCCAACACCAGUACCAUCCCAUGCCUUCCCAUAUCCCGCUCAUAAAAGGCAUCGUAGGAUAUUGUUCGCGCUUGCAAACUCUUCCCUCAUCCAAUUCUGAACUAGCUGCCAACACUAGAUUUAGUAAGGGUUAUUCGAAUUGUCCAUGCAGUUGCCCGCCUGCCUUCUCCCAUGCCCUGACUGAUGAUGUUGGUAGUGUUAAUUCCUCAGGACGUUGAUCGAGAUGGUGAAAACUUCUAACUCAACCUCCGGGCCGCCUAGAACACGCUCAUUUCGUGGAAUGGCAGCGAUGAGAUGUGACUCGAGUACGUUGAGCCCUGGGUGCAGCAUUGCCUCAAAAGCGCGCUCAUGAGGUUGCUGGCCAGGAGCUUGGUGAUGAAUGGGCUUAAGCGGUUGCUUGUUGACCAGUGUCCAUAGGCUGUAUUGUCUAUUCUGUAAAUGGCUGGGUAUUGCGGUGACGGCAAGAAUACGGGUGAGAUGAGGUGGCAGGUUGAGAGUGGCAGACUGUUCCAUCUCCUUAGGGUUGGGUCUGAUGGUUGCCAGUAUAGGACUGUGUGAUUGAAGAGUGGGGUGAACCUGAAUCUUCAUACUCUCAAUAAGAGCAUCGUCGAUACCUAGAUUUGUUAGUGUUUACCGCAAGCAAAUGUUUUUGGGCGAAUUACCUUUACCGGCGCGACGAGGAUGCUUCUGGUCCAUAUACCCAUUAACAAGCGGAUUGGUGAUCGGUUGGGGCGGCGCCACAGGUACAGGAGCAGGUACAGCAACGGGAGCAGCCGCAGGAACCGUAGGAGUCGCUUGGCUAGGUGCAGCGCUAGGCGGUUGUGACGCAACUGCUGGUGAUGCCCUUGAGGCCUCGUCCGCCUUGAGAGCAGCACUCUGUACAGAAGGACUAGGAGAUGGCACGGCAGAUAACGAUGUGCUUCUAGCCUUUUCCAACUGAGG